GGUGCAAUUGCUAGUUUACUUACCGUUGUUUUUAAACGUUGCCUCAUUACAAGCGUAUGAAACACAGUUAUACUCUAAAUAAAUGUUCGCUGGUUUCAAUUUUUAAAAACCCAAAACCCAGGAAAAUUUUUAUCCAUUCCUCUUCAAUGGCAUCUUCUUUUUCGUUUUCUGCGCCUUCCAUUCUCUUCACGAAUUCUUUGAAGCUAAUCCCUCGCCAAUGCUGUAUGUGCUCCACGAGGGGUCGAAUCCGCCUUUCGUCUGGUUCUCUCGGUUUUCAUUCUAAAAUCAAAGCUGCCGCGGGUUCGAAUCGCAGGGAAAAUGCGCUGCCGAACCCCGCCGACUUAGAACCCCCGGAAGCAUCCGACGACGAGGAAGAGGAGCUCACUAAAUUCGGCCGCGUGGAGGCCCAGGCCGCCAAGCUACGUAAGAAAGAAGCCGAAGAAUACGAGCGCAAGAAACAUAUAUUUCUUGCUGCUGUUGCCGAUGAAGAACAGACCGCCGUGGUGGAAGGAAACGAUCCCGAAAUUAUCAGACCCGAAAAGGAAGAUUUUGGGGACGAUUUCUUUGCUGAGGUGGACAAGGCCGUUGCGCUGCGAAGGAGCGAGCUCAUCAAGGAGGGAGUCCUUAAUGUGAAACAACCUCAACAGAAUAAAGAAAUCGAUGACCUCGAAGAGGAGGAGGUAGGUGAUGUCGAAGAAAUUGAGGAACUGCAAGACUUGGCUGCCAUUAAUGAACUCACUGAGGAAGAAGGUCAAGAAGUGGAAGGAUUGAGUCGCGAUACAGCAAAAGUCAUAAGCCAAGAUGUUAUCUUCAAUGAAGAUGAGUUUCUGGAUCCGCCCGAUCUUCAGAUUCUUGAGCCAGAAUUUUCCAUGACUCUUGCUGAGCUGCUGGAUGAGGCCAAAAUCAUUCCAGUGUCUGUUGAUGGAGAUUUGGAAGUGGUGAUCACAGGCAUCCAGCAUGAUUCACAGGAGGUGAAUCCGGGGGAUUUGUUUGUAUGCUGCACAGGUUCAUCAACCAAUGGACACAUUUACCUGACUGAAGCAGUUAAGAGAGGAGCCUUGGCUAUAAUUGUUAGUGAAGAGAUCUCCAUACAAGAGAUUGAGGGUGUUAAGGCUAUAAUAACGGUGGAAGAUGGGAAUGCUAUUCUUCCAGCGCUUGCAGUGUCCUUUUACAAAAAUCCAUCACAGAAGUUGACUGUAAUGGGACUAACGGGGACAAAUGGGAAGACCACUACUACUUACCUGAUUAAGAGCAUCUAUGAGACAAUGGGUCUGAAAAUUGGACUACUUGGUACCAUUGAUUACUACAUUCAUAGUAAUCUUAAGCUUGACGCUUCUCUUACCACUCCUGAUGCUUUAAAUAUACAAAAAUUGAUGGCAAAGAUGGUUUAUAAUGGGGCUGAAGUAUGUGUUAUGGAGGCUUCCUCACAAGGCCUUGCACAGGGACGUUGUGAUAAAGUGGAUUUUGACAUUGCCGUCUUUAUGAAUUUAACUAGGGAUCAUAUGGAUUAUCACAAAACAGAGGAUGAAUAUAAGAAGGCCAAAGGGAAGUUAUUUGCAAACAUGAUAGAUCCUGAACGGCAUCGAAAAGUUGUCAACAUCGAUGAUCCAAGUGCAUCGUACUUUAUUGCACAGGGCAAUCCCGAUGUACCUGUGAUAACAUUUUCAAUGGGGAACAAAAAUGCCUAUGUUCAUGCUUUGCAAGUGGACCUUUCUUUGUUUGAAACUCAGGUGCUAAUCAGCACACCUGAGGGCAAUUUGGAAAUAUCUUCUGGGCUUCUUGGGAGGCAUAAUGUGUAUAACAUACUUGCUGCUGUAGCCGUUGGAAUUGCAGUGGGAGCACCAUUACAGGAUAUAGUGAAUGGAAUUGAAGAAGUUGAUGCAGUGCCUGGAAGAAUGGAAUUGAUAGAUGAGGAACAGGCAUUUGCUGUUAUUGUAGAUUAUGCACAUACCCCAGAUGCUUUAGGUAGGCUUCUUGACACAGUCAGGGAGUGUGGAGCAAAGAGGAUAAUAACUGUUUUUGGCUGUGGAGGAGACAGAGAUAGAGGCAAGAGACCAUUAAUGACAAAAAUUGCAACGGACAAAAGUGAUGUUUGCAUUUUAACAUCCGAUAAUCCAAGAACUGAAGAUCCAUUGGACAUUUUGGAUGAUAUGCUGGCUGGUGUAGGCUGGACAAUGGAGGAGUAUUUAAAGUACAAUGCAGAUGAUUGUUAUCCACCACUUCCAAAUGGGCACAGACUUUUUGUAUAUGAUAUCAGAUCUGUAGCAGUUAGAGCUGGGGUUGCUAUGGGUGAGGAAGGUGAUGCUGUGGUUAUUGCAGGGAAAGGCCAUGAGACAUAUCAAAUAGUUGGUGAAGAAAAGAAAUUUUUAGAUGACAGAAAUGAGUGCCGAGAAGCACUACAAUAUGUUGAUGCCAUUCACGCUGCUGGUAUUGAUACAAGUGAAUUUCCAUGGCGGUUCCCUGAAAGCUAUUAAUACGAGAUUAUUACACACGUCUGAUAUCAUAAAGAUAACAAGGUUUUCUCAAGAGAGAUUACCUCAUCCCUCUUCCAGUACAUCUGAAGGGAUAGCUGCUGGUUAAUGAUUUGGAUAAACCUUCUUGUUAUGGAAACCAUUUGAAGUGGGUAUCAUGUCAAUGGAAUGUCAAUUUAGAAUCCAUUGUCUCGACUAAUUGCAGAUCAUGGGUGGGAUUUUCUGAAGCAGAAAUUAUUGGAGCCCUCCAGUUGAUGAUGGGGCUAAUUAUCAUUAAUUCCAGACAUCGAAUUCAAUAGGAAUGAAAUUUUACAAAAGAUGACAAUGCCAAUAUCUAACAACCGCCAGUUUAAGGAAUUGAAUUGAUUUUAUCUGUGAAAGGGAAUAAUGAGAUAUUAUAGUGCAGGAGGUAACAAAUGUUCUUUGCUGAGGAGCAACUACUGACACCUAAGUUUUAGGUUGAAUAUCACUUGUGUUUUCAGCCAAAUAACUGAACUUAGGAUCCAAUACUUUUAAAAUAAAAGAAUGAUAUACUUUGUAUGUACACGUAAGAAAUGAAGUUUGAGUAUAUAGCAAUUGAAUGUGGAAUACUUGAGUAAGAAAUAAAGUCU